ACAAAAUUGGCGUCCAAAGGCCAAAGCAAUGUAGCAAACCCUAAUCCUUAUAUCAAAUCAGAGGAAGACGUCGGGUCUCCAAGUCCAGACUCCAGAGCGGCAGACGCAGAACUCCAACCCCGCCGCUCCUCUCGUCCUCUCCGGUCUCCCUCGUUCCGAAGGGAAGGUCGCCAUCUCUUGGUUCUUCUCUCCAUUCCCGUGCAACCAAAUUUUGGCUGCAAUUUGUCGAUCGAUCAACGACCAUGUCGUCGUCGGAGCAGGCCCCCCCGCCGCCAUCAGAGGAGUUGAACUCACUCUCCGUUAACUCCGGCACCGAAUUGAAUGCUUCCGCCUCCAACUCCCGGGAGUUGACUCCAGAGGAGAAGUUUCGGAUUGUGAGAAGCGUGGGCGAAGAAUGUAUUCAAGAGGAUGAGCUUCUCAAUCUUCUAACGAAGAAACCCCAGCCGAUUUGUUACGACGGAUUCGAGCCUUCCGGCAGAAUGCACAUCGCCCAGGGAGUGAUGAAGACUAUCAAUGUCAACAAACUGACAUCUGCUGGUUGCAAAGUGAAGAUUUGGAUUGCGGAUUGGUUUGCCCAGCUUAAUAACAAAAUGGGUGGCGACCUGAAGAAGAUACGGGUUGUUGGGGAGUACUUGAUUGAGAUAUGGAAGUCUGUUGGAAUGGAUCUCGAAAGUGGGAAUGUUGAGUUCCUCUGGUCUUCAGAUGAAAUUAACUCCCGUGCUGCUGAGUACUGGCCGCUUGUUAUGGAUAUUGCUCGCAGGAACAAGGUUCCUAGAAUAAUGAGGUGUGUUCAAAUUAUGGGUCGCUCUGAGAAGGACGAGUUGACAGCUGCUCAAAUUCUGUACCCGUGUAUGCAAUGUGCCGACAUAUUUUUCCUCAAGGCUGAUAUUUGUCAACUAGGAACGGAUCAACGCAAAGUGAAUAUGCUGGCAAGAGAAUACUGUGAUGAUAUCAAGAGGAAAAACAAGCCCAUCAUCUUGUCCCACCACAUGUUACCUGGUUUACAGGAAGGACAAGAGAAGAUGUCAAAAAGUGAUCCCUCCUCUGCGAUUUACAUGGAGGACAGUGAGGGAGAAGUAAAUGUCAAGAUAAAGAAGGCUUUCUGUCCUCCUAAGGUUGUUGAAAAUAAUCCUUGCCUGGAGUACAUCAAAUACAUAGUUUUGCCUUGGUUUAAUGAAUUCAAGGUGGAACGCGCUCCACAAAAUGGCGGAGAUAAGACCUUCACAACAAUUGAAGACCUUGAGGCUGACUAUGCCAGUGGAGCGUUGCAUCCUGGUGACCUGAAACCUUCUUUGUCAAAAGCCUUGAACAAGAUCCUGCAGCCUGUUCGUGAUCAUUUCGCCAACAAUGCAAAAGCCAAGGAUCUCGUUAAACGUGUCAAGAGCUACCAAGUAACUAGAUAAUGUGGGGAAGAAUGAGGAAGAAUCUCUGCAAUCUGGUGAUCAAACAUAUAGUCUGGAGUCAUCCUAUGCGACUAGCAAUAUGAUUUUAGUAGAUAAGGCAAUCCAAGUUUGAGCUGGUUAUCGUUAUGAUGAUAGCAGCUUAUUAAGUCCAUUUUGAUUCAUGCUUUCGAAGGACUAAAUUAGAAUUUACAGUGACACCCUAGCUUUAGGAUCAAGCAGACGUUUGCUGUUCUGUUUCUGCAUUCACUCAAACUGCACAAUAGCCCCUUAUUUUAUUCUCAGUAUUUAUGCAUUUGGAUUUAUACUUGGUGUUGGGUAUAUAUGCAAUUUGUUUCGAGGGGAGACUUUGCAGCCUCGCGUGAAACGGGAAGAAUUGUAGAGAGCAUUCUUAAUCCUACAGGUAGCAAUUUAGGGGUGGGCAAACGGUUCGGUAAACCCGAAUCGAACCGAAAUCGAAUUAAA